CUGCCUGUACUUGUCUCACGCACGCACACGCAGCGGUGGUGAGGUGAGGGUUGCCAAGAGUUAAAGAGAAAAAAAUGGCCUCUGCAAUGGUGCUGAGGAAAACCCCUAAAACCCUUCACUACUACUCCUAUGCCCUCAGAACCCUACCUUCCGAACUCCGCCAGCUCAGCGGUGUCGCCACCGCUGGGAAACCCCAACCCCAAUCCAAACCCGAGCACGCAGAUCCAUCAUCGUCAUCAUCCUUCACCUUCUCAUCGGACGAAAAUGCAAAUGCGUCGCGGACCAAGACUAACGAGGAGGAGGAUCCCAUCUAUGUGAAAGGCCUUAAGACGACGGCGUCGUCUUCAUCCUCACAAUCAGAUUCGGUGAGCAUGCCCAUGUCGUUCAUGACGGGAUCAAUUGUGGGAAAGAGAUUUUACCAGAACGUGAGCACCAGAAAAGCUGAUGAUGGAAAUGGGUGGACAGUGAUGCUUGAUUAUAGAACCCUUAUCCCUUCUAAGAGACCCCUUAAGUGCCCCACCCCUGCUCUUGCUAUGGCUGUUGCUGCUGAAUGGGACUAUCAGCAAACAGAUGGAAUUAGGCCCUUUACAAUGCCACUCAUGAAACUUGCAUGCACUGCAUUGGAAAGAGUUCGACUUACUCGACCCAAGGUCAUUGAGAAUUUGAUGAAGAAAUUCCAUCAGGAUUUGGUCUUCUGUCGAGCUCCAGCAGACAAUGAUCUCACCAAGGGUGUUUUCGAACGUCAAGUUGAGAAGAUUGACCCUUUGCUUAAAUGGUUGGAAUCAGAGUUUGGGUAUAAACCUGUCAUAUAUUCCAGUUUCUUUGGUGGUAAGCAGGAAGAAGGUCUGGUAACUGCCAUUGAAGGCCUGCUCAAAAGGACAAAUGAUUGUGAACUGGCUGCAAUUGAUGCAAUUGCUGCUGCUGCUCAUUCUGUAGUUAUUGCCAUUGGAAUCUUUCGUGGUAGAUUGAAUAUUGAGGAGGCCAUUGAGCUUAUUAGACUAGAAGAAGAUUUACAGGUAGACAGCUGGGGUCUGGUUGAAGGUGGACAUGAUGUUGAUAUUGCGGAUCUUAAAGUUCAAGUUGCAUCUGCUGCUGUUUUCCUUGGACUUUGUAGGAGGAAAUGACUUCUGUAUGCUUUUUCACUUAUAAGGCAGACAUGCUACCCUUGCCCUCUGUCAUUCCCUUUCCCCAAAUAGAAAGAGAACAAUCGGAGGAAGGGGGGGGGGUGUUCAAGAACUUAGUUUCAGCUCAUGGAAUGAAGAAGAAGUUGCACGUUGCUGUUCCACAGGAUCAUCUGAUUUCCUGAAGCGUGAUGCUUUUGAGCAACAUGAUAUAUUAGUAGUAUUGAGACAUUUAGAGCGCAUUACAUCAUGAUAUGAGAAGUUAAGGCCCUUCUUUGCAGCAUUGCACACACACUGGCGGCUGUUCUCUGAUGUCGCAAUAACAACAGGCUGUGUCACAGUUAUUGUUGCAUCCUAGUGAAAAGAACGAUAGACAUAUAUGGUUGGUCCUUUUUUAUCCUUUAAUAGAAUGUAGAUCUAAAGAGUGAGAGAAUUAGUCCCA